AUGGUGUUUCUCCCGCCUCCGUCGUCUCCCACCCUCCCAGGGCUCCCCGACUCCAUCACUCUCGAAGAGUUCAUCAACAACCCCAAAUAUGGCCGCCAUCCCAUUGCCGAGUCCAAGGACCCCUACACAUGUGGCAUUACGGGCUUGACCAGAUCCGUGGCCGACGUGGCCCAACGAACCGACUACCUCGCGCGAGGCAUCGCAAGACGAUUGGCAUUCAAUCCGCACGAGGGCACCGAGUGGGACAGGGUCGCGUGUCUGUACUCGCUGAACACGAUUGACUACAUCCCAUUCGCACACGCCAUCCACCGCCUCUCGGGAAUCGUCACGCCCGCCAGUGCUGCCUACUCCCACCAAGAGCUGGAGCAUCAGCUUCGCUCGUCGGGUGCCACGGCCCUGUUUACAUGCGUGCCUCUUUUGGAAAAUGCCCUCAAGGCUGCCGAUGCGGCCGGCAUCCCCCGCGAGCGCGUGUUUCUCCUGGCCGUUCCCCGGGUUGCUUCGGAUCCAAGGUUCGAGACCAUCGACCAUCUAGUCGAGCAAGGCAAGAGUCUGCCUCCGCUGCCGCCCUUGCAAUGGGUCACGGGCCAGGGCGCGAGGCAAACUGCGUUUCUCAGCUAUUCAAGCGGCACUUCUGGCUUACCGAAAGCCGUCAUGGUCUCGCACCUCAACGUCAUCGCCAACAUCAUGCAAAUCGCGGCCGUCGAUUCCGUCGCCCGCGAGCAACUCGGCAUCAAGACCCAGACCAGCGUCGGCGUCCUGCCCUUCAGCCACAUCUACGGCCUCACAAUGGUCGCGCUGCUCGGCCACUACCGCGGCGACCAAGUCGUCGUGCUGCCCAAAUUCGAACCAGCAACCUUCCUGAACGCCAUCCAGCGCUUCAAAAUCGAGCAGCUGAGCAUCGUGCCGCCCCUGCUGAUACACAUCAUCACCCACAGGGACACCGUGUCCAAGUACGACCUGAGCAGCGUGCGCUAUGUGUUUUCCGGCGCCGCCCCGCUGGGAACAGAGGUGAUUGAGGGCAUUCUGAAGCUCUAUCCGAGCUGGAGCAUCGGCCAGGGCUACGGAAUGACAGAAGCCUCGCCCGGCAUAUCCUCCACCAGCGAAACCGACCGGCUCGUCGGCUCGUCGGGCUGCCUCCUGCCCGGGUCCAAGGCCAAGCUCAUCGACCCAGACGGCAACCAAGUCACCGCCCACGAGACGCGGGGCGAGCUCCUCGUCCAGUCGCCCUCCGUCGUCCUCGGCUACCUGCACAACGAAAAGGCCAACGCCGAGACAUUCGUCCACCACCAAGACGGUCGCUGGCUCAAGACCGGCGACGAGGUGCUCGUGAGGAAAUCCCCCCAGGGAACCGAGCACUUUGUCAUCACCGACCGCAUCAAGGAACUCAUCAAAGUAAAGGGCCACCAAGUCGCCCCCGCCGAACUAGAAGCCCACCUCCUCUCGCACCCCUUCGUGUCCGACUGCGCCGUCAUCCCCGUCCCGGACCCGCGCGCCGGCGAAGUCCCCAAGGCCUUUGUCGUCCGGGCCCGCGAGUCGGACGGCCGCUCCGCCGAGGAAGUCGCCGCCGCCGUCCGCGAGCACGUGGAGCGUCACAAGGCGCGGCACAAGUGGCUCAGGGGCGGUGUGCAAUUCGUCGACGCUAUUCCCAAGAGCGCGAGCGGCAAGAUACUGCGCCGGGUGCUCAAGGACAAGGACCGCGCGGACAGAAAAGACACGGCUGCCAAGCUGUAG